AUGGGGUUCACAAAGACCACCAAGACCUCCUUCCUCAUUCUUUCCGACACCCAUGGGAAGGAUCAUAUCAUGCCCAAGGUAUCAGUCGAUGUUGCCAUCCACUGCGGUGAUCUUACUGACCACUCAAAACUGGAAGAAUUUCGCUCCUUCCUUGAGCUUCUCAAGUCCAUUGACGCCCCAUUGAAGCUCGUCAUUGCAGGCAACCAUGACUUCUCCCUCGACGGCACAGCCUUCGGAAAAAUAACCGAAGAAGCCACUACUCGUACCGAGGGCAAGAUCGAGCCCGAACUCAUGAAGAAGGAAUUUGGCGAUGUUGGCCAGGCCCGUCAGCUGUUUUCAGAUUCAGAGGACGAAAAUAUCACCUUCCUGGACGAGGGCAUUCACUCCUUCCGCCUACAAAACGGAGCGACCUUGACAGUGUACGCAAGUCCAUAUACGCCAUCCCCCAACAACUUCCGCGAAGUACCUAGACUGUCAGGCUUCCAAUUCAAACACGACGACGGGCACAACUUCUCUAUUUCGACGCCAGACAACAAAAGGGUCGACAUUGCCAUCACACACGGGCCACCAAAGGGCGUACUUGACAGAACUUGCUCCAACGACCGCAACAAGCGGGGCGGAUGUGGCCAGCUGUUCGCUGCCAUCGCAAAGGCUCGCCCUCGCCUCCAUUGCUUCGGCCACAUCCACGAAGGUUGGGGGGCCAAGCUCGUAACUUGGCGCGGAAAAGAACCAACGACCACCACACCUUCCCACUUCACUGAGAUUGAUAAUAGCGCUUCAAUACUCAUCGAUAGCCUCGCCAAUUACAAGCCCAGGAAAUUCGAAUCGGAACAAGAUGCGAAGGAUAGAAAGAAGCGGAAAGAACGACUUUUCAGACACGGGUUUAGAAGCACCAGUCACUGCAAGGAUGACAAGCACCCGUUGGUAGCGGGACAGCAGACGUUGUUCGUCAAUGCAGCUCUGGAGACGAUCCCGGAGGAUGAGGAAGGGAAGGAGCAUGUCCCUUGGAUUGUUGAGCUUGAGCUUCCGAGCUCCGAGUGAAACCUAUGCCAACCGUUAUUUUAUCUCAAAUACCAAAUUUACAACAAUCUUAAGCAUCGAUCCGUC